AUGGAAGGAAAGGCUCGCAGAGACCCGCAGCGCCCGCAGGACUCCGGCCAGGAGUCCAACCGGGCCAUCCUGCCCCUCCUGCAGCCACCUGUCCACCAGCAGGCCCACAGGGUCACCAACUUCUAUAUAGACAACAUCUUAAGACCGGACUUCGGACGAAAGAGGAAGGACGGGACUCUGGUCCGGGAGGGGGGCAGUCUGGCAGUGAUCCUCCGCAGAGAGGAGCAGACAGGGAGGAAGUCUAGAACUGGAAAUGCGCCGCAGCGCGGAGCGGGAGGCGAGGAGGAGCAGGACGAGACGGGAGAAUCCGACCAGCAGGACCCGGACACUGUGGCCGAAAGGCCGGAGCUGAGAGCCGGGGAGGAGGCGAUAGAGGGCCGGGGGGAGGCCAGCUCGGCCCCCGCCUCCAAGCCGAUGCUGUGGCCGGCUUGGGUUUAUUGUACCCGCUACUCAGACCGCCCGUCAGCAGGGCCCAGAUCCCGCAAACCAAAGAAGGCCCUGACCCCCAGCCCGGAGGACAAGCGGCCCCGCACGGCCUUCACGGCGGAGCAGCUGCAGCGGCUGAAGACGGAGUUUCAGGGGAACCGGUACCUGACGGAGGAGCGGCGGCAGGCCCUGGCCGGGGAGCUGGGCCUCAACGAGUCCCAGAUCAAGAUCUGGUUCCAGAACAAACGAGCCAAAAUCAAGAAAGCCACCGGGAAUAAAAACGCUCUGGCGCUGCACCUCAUGGCGCAGGGACUGUACAACCACGCCGGGGCCAAGGAGGACAAGUCGGACAGCGACUAG